GUUUGUCUAUCGUCGCAGAUCGUGUCACGUUCUCUUCCGCUCGAUCGCGUUCCCUAUAGCGGUUCUCUUCCCCUCACGAGUGAACUAAUGGGAGUGCUCCGUUAGCGCGCCGUCGACGCUAAUUGUAGAAUUCAUGCCGGUGUUCUUCUUCGAAUGCUCUAUGUUUACUCGUGAUGGUAGAAACUCGUAAUACGAGAGUGGCACGUAAAAGAGAGAUUUUUUCGUAUCUAUAAAAUUCAUCGAAAUCGAUUUUUAAAGAAAUCCUAUCGUUGUUAGUUUUAUUUUUUUAUUUAUUGCAAAAGAGGGAUAACUGAUGCUUACAGAGCUUGUUUCAUAUCCUAAUUAACUCGUUAUUAGUGUCACGACCUGUCACUAUUUUCCAUGGCUGCUGUUAUGAACAUGGAAACUCGUCGCCGUAUUGACGCCGGAUGUAAGUCUUCUCCGGACAGAAACGCGCGAGGAUCAAGCCUGAUGUCCGUAUGGUCGACCAGCACCGGACGCAAUACAGUGUUUGCCGCGCAGAGCGGCGGAGAGGUGCUUCCCACUUCGCACCUGCCGAUCCACGUACACGUAGCGCACGCACACCUGCGCAACCCUGACGGCCACUGCUUUCACAAGCCGUACCACGACCACCACUACUGUCAGUCGACGAUGUCGCAAGCGGGGGAUGGCCUUCACACGCCGGGUUACCUGUCUUGGAGAAAACUACAGCUGAGCCGCGCGAAGCUCAAGGCGUCCAGUAAAACAUCGGCCCUGCUUUCCGGUUUUGCUAUGGUUGCCAUGGUGGAGGUACAGUUGACUGAGAAAACAAAAGUUCCCGACGCGAUGCUGAUUGCCUUCGCCGUGUGCACAACUCUCCUAGUAGCUGUUCACAUGCUGGCGCUGAUGAUAUCCACGUGCAUAUUACCAAACAUCGAGGCCGUCUGUAAUCUGCACAGUAUAAGCCUCGUGCACGAGUCGCCGCACGAACGUUUACAUUGGUAUAUCGAGAUCGCGUGGGCCUUUUCUACGUUACUCGGGCUCCUGUUGUUUCUACUGGAGAUUGCGAUACUCUGUUGGGUGAAGUUCUACGACUUUUCAAAGGUGGCCGCCUGGUCGGCCUGCAUAGUGAUGAUACCGGUACUGAUAAUCUUCCUCGCGUUCGCGAUACACUUUUAUCGGAGCUUGGUCGCGCAUAAGUACGAGGUUACGGUGUCAGGAAUACGAGAGCUCGAGUUACUAAAGGAGCAAAUCGAGUCCACGGAUGUGGAGGGCAGAAAUGGUGUCAAUCUUCUACGGACCGGCGCAACGCAUAUCGUUUGAACCGGUCUUCUCAAUCUUCCCUGUUGCCGGAUUAUUUUAAAUUGAACGCGCAAAAAGUUGCCUCGUGAAAUACGAGGCGAGAGGGGCAGAGAUCUGUUACAGUAUGCGGAUGCUGCGAUGAAUACCGCGGUGUUUCUUGAAAGAUCUCCCACUGGGAAACGAAAUCUUUCGAGUGUAUACGUAAGUUACUCACGAAGAACAUGACAAAUGACCGCUCUCUUUGUGUUCAUACACGCGCUGCAGAUGUUUGAAAGUUCGGUCAAAUAAGAUCUUCCUGUUUUCUUUUUUCUUUUUUGUUUUUAUACGCGUGUCUUCUGUGAUGUAAAUUAAUGUAAGUACAAUGAAACUCUACUCAUUGAUGAUGUGAAAGCAUCGCAGUGUCAGUGUUUUAGGAAGGAGACAAAGUUUGAUAAAAUGUCAUUGUAUAUGUAGGCACAGAAUACAUUCCUUCAUUCGCGUUGCGACUUAAAAGUAGGAAGAAUAAUAGUGCGUUCUAAUUCUGAGAAGAUAUAUCGAGACCCGCAGUUUAAAGAACGCGAUAGCCUUUUAUCAGAAGGUGACGCGAUCGGCUGACUAUGCAGUUGAAUGUACUUAUCUUUUUAUUGAAACAAAAAACGUGCUUAUUUUCGAAAAACGCGAUUAACGUUUACAUUUCUUAACUAUCUCUGCAAGUUGUCAAACACGUACGAAUAAUAUACAACAAAUAUUUUGCGUUAUAUAAAUUUGCCAUUCGAUAUGCAGAAAGUUAAUACUUUUCUCGAAAAUAUAUUUUUGAUUCGCGACCGCGCAGUGAUUUCCUUUACAAUCAAUAUCUCAACAUGUAAAUACAUUAAUUUGAGGUACAUAUGUUACGAUUAUCAUAAAAAUAAAUGAAAUAUCAAGACGUGGGAGAACCGGACUCGUAUAUACAUGAUUUAGUGGGUAAUUUAAUAUGUGUUAUAUUUCGAUUACGAUGAAAGUCGAAUAUGUUUGAUUAUUAUUCGUAAAAUUAUACUUUUACGGCGCGCAAAUCAACGCUAUAUAAUAGCGACGCGAUUAUCAAAAUGAAACGGACAUAGUUACGAAAUCACGCACGGAUUAUAUUUUUCGUUCGCUGUAAAUGCGGAAAGGACAGAUAACACAUGAAACAUGUAUGUCUAAAUCGAUUAAAGAAAACAUAAACGAGAGAUGACGCAAGGCACUUAUAAGUGCAGCACUGCUUGACUAUUUAUCCUUGGAAUAUGUAAUAAUAUCGGAUAUAAAGCUUGACUGUCAGUGAUAGUCGAUGUCCUCUAUCGUGCUGUUGAUACAGAUGUCGUUCUCCCAAUGACCGAUCUGCACUUGACGGCUGUCAAAGUGAUAGAAGACCCCUCGACCUUCCUUCUUGCCAUUUAUAAAUUGACCCUCGUAGAUAUUACCAUUUUCUAUGGGGGAUUUUAGGAUAAAUAUUUAUGAAUUUUCAGAAGAGUAUCUCGCGCUUGAAUAAGAGACUAAUAAGGGAGCUUAAAGUUAAUGCGCCAAACGAGAAUAAGAUCAAGCAAGCAAUUAAGGAGAAAAAUGUAUCAUUCUCUAUGUAAUAUGUCAUUAAAGGGAGAAAAAAAAUGACAAAUAUUUUAAAGCAAA